AUGAUUGAGGGAAUGGUGAAGGAUGGUGUUAUUGAACCUUCAUCUAGUCCAUGGUGUUCACCUGUGGUGCUGGUAAAGAAGAAGGACGGCAGCAUGCGGUUUUGUGUUGACUACCGCCGCCUGAACGACGUUACGAAGAAGGACAGCUAUCCCUUGCCUAGAAUUGAUGACACGCUGGAUAUGCUCACAGGCGUAAAGUGGUUUAGUACGCUGGACCUGAAAAGUGGCUACUGGCAGGUUGAAAUUGACCCUAAGGACAAGGAGAAAACUGCAUUUUCCACAGGAAAGGGUCUGUGGCAAUUUAAAGUCAUGCCGUUUGGAUUGUGCAAUGCUCCAGCAACGUUUGAAAGGUUGAUGGAGCUUGUACUUACCGGGCUAAUUGGAGAUGCCUGUCUCGUCUAUUUGGAUGACAUCAUCAUCGUAGGCCGUACGUUUGAGGAGCACCUUCAAACCUGGAACGCGUGCUCAUGA